AUGCUCAGGCUACAGAAGAGACUUGCCUCUAGUGUCCUGUGCUGUGGUAAAAACAAGGUCUGGUUGGACCCCAACGAAACCAAUGAUAUCGCCAAUGCCAACUCCUGUCAGCAGAUAUGGAAGCUGAUCAAAGAUGGGCUGAUCAUCCGGAAGCCUGUGACUGUCCAUUCCCGGGCUCGAUGCCGGAAAAACACUUUGGCUCCGUGGAAGGGCAGGCAUAUGGGCAUAGGAAAGCAGAAGGGUACUGCCAAUGCCCGAAUGCCUGAGAAGGUGGCUUGGAUGAGAAGAAUGCGGAUCCUGCGCCAGCUCCUCUGGAGAUACCGUGAAUCCAAGAAGAUUGACCGCCAUAUGUAUCACAGCCUGUAUCUGAAGGUCAAAGGGAAUGUCUGCAAAAACAAGUGGAUUCUCAUGGAGCACAUCCACAAGCUGAAGGCAAACAAGGCUGGUAAGAAGCUCCUGGCUGACCAGGCUGAAGCUGUCUCAGGUCGAAGACCAAGGAAACAAAAAAGUGCUGGGAGGAACGCCUCCAGGCCAAGAAGGAGUUGA